CAGUAUAAAAAAAAAAUGCGCGAAUAAAGAGACCGAAAGAAUUAAAGUUAAAGUUUGGUGUUUUCUUAUAUUUAUAUAAAGUGCAAUCGACAAAAUGUAACCAUAACCAUUGUUAACUUUACGAUAUUUAGAAAUAAAAAUAGGUUCGUUUGAAUAAAAUGGUCCGAAUUGUAAUUCAGAUGUAAGUAACUGCGUUUCUUUGUUAAUUAAUCCUCUUACUCUUAGUCUUAACUCUUAAAACUUAAAUAGUAAUCAGUAAUAGUAAUAGUCUAGUCUUAAAGUUAAAGUAAUAAUUCAAGUUAAAUUUAAAUUGCGGUAAUUAUUAAUAAUUAAAAUAAUUUGCUCCAACUCUAGGCUCUAGUAGUGACUUAGUGACUAGCCUAGAGCCAGAGCAGCGUUCCACUAGCCCAAAUGCCAACUGGUGGUCCACGGGCCGGCACCGGUCCUCGAGCCUUACGUUGCCGGUCCGCUCAGCAUGAAUUGAAUUACAAUACAUUCAAAUAAAUUUUAAUCUGCCAUAGUCCAUGGUGCAAUUUUGAAACUUUCCACCAUCUGCCCAAUUAAGUUAAAGUCUGCCAAAUUUAAAGUUUGGGAAAGGUUACUCUGACACUCCACUCUAGUAGACUAGACUCUACAGUCUACAGCACAGUGACUCAGUGCACAGUAAUGAGAAUGUGAAUAAGGCUACAACUACAUUGACAAUACUAGUACAGUUGUUAAAAAGUUACAGACUGUUACAGAGUGACUACAGAUAUGUUGAGAUUGCAAUAAUCUGUCAAUAACACUUUGAAUUGAUAGUAGUAUAGUACAGUAAUAAUAAGUAAAAUAAAGAAGUAAUUUAAUAAGUAGUGUAGGCCUACUACUAAAAAUAAGAGUAACUAAGUUUAAGUAUUGGCUUGUGAUUGUAGUAUACUAAGUUCUGAGGACACUAAGUCUGAGAUGAAGGCAGAGGAGUGUAGUUUUAGCCUUAGCUGCCUUGGCUUUAACUUUAGCCUAGCAAGCUAACUUGUAUGUAAUUUAAUUAGUCUUAGUUAAGUAGCCUAACUAAUCACUAAUGACUUAAUGGACUGAGUAACAUAGGAACUAGUUGUAGGAGUAGGCUCACUACUUAUUUACUACUAGUCUAGUUAGUAGAACCCGGUACUGAUAUAAAAUAGGACUUUUACCUAUAGUCUAUAGCAUAUAGGCAUAGGUCUACUAUAUAUUAUAUUAACUGUUACGUUUAGUUUUAGACGUUGCAGUUACUAGUUAGGUAAAUAGGUAAGCUAGUAAACAGCAAAUGUGUCAGUGACUCUAAUUAUAAAUAGAGUGUAGAGACUCCCUUGCCCAAUAGAGCCAGUGGGGUAAUGCCAACUGCAAGGUUUGUAAUGGGGGGAAAUCAUUUUGCCUAUAAAUAUAUUGAGAGGCAGUAUUUUUGGCAACUGCAAAGUUUUUAUUUAUAUGGGCAUUUAUGCCAUUUUGGUCAAAUUUUUAACCCCCCCCCCCCACUCCAUCAUCACAAAUUAUACACUUUUUAUCACUCAUCAUUACAAAUUCGUGGGCCCCUCCUCCUUUGAGAGGCAGUUUUUUUGGCAACUGCAAAGUUUUUAUUUUUAUGGGCAUUUAUGCCAUUUUGGUCAAAUUUUUAACCCCCCCCCCCCCACUCCAUCAUCACAAAUUAUACACUUUUUAUCACUCAUCAUUACAAAUUCGUGGGCCCCUCCUCCUUAGACAUUGGGCUUCGUUUAUGGUUGAGCCAUUGCAAUGCAGUAAAUUAAUGAUAUCCAAAAUAAAUAUUUUCUAUUCAUGUUAAUUUUAUAUUUUAGCCCAGGAGAGCGCAGCUGCAAAGAAUGGGCUAUAAUAGAGCUCCAAGGAGAUCUUGAAACGAGACAUCCUGUUCCACUGAGCAGCAAAUUUAUUGGAGAUUUGCAUUUUACGCACAAGGUUUUUGAAGAAUAUUAUGUUUGAAAUUUAUUUUGAAAUAUUAACCUUGUAAUAUCACUCAAAUAUCAUUAAUAUUUUUACAUUAAAUUAUUUCUACUGAAAUUUUUUUCUUCUAAUUCUUAAUGUAUUAUAGGAUUUUUUAACUUAAUGUUUUUCCAAUAUUUUCAACUAUAAUAAUAGUAAAUCAUAAAUUAGCAUUUUGUGAUGUUUUCCCUCAUGUUUCCAAUAUGUCUUCUUAAAAUAGUUUCAGUUCAAUUACAAUGCUACAAAAGUAGCUUUAUUUGAUGCCAUCCGUAAUUGCAAUGGCCUGUCAUUCAUGCACUAAAUAAUGUGCCAAAUAGAUCAAUUGGGGGUAGCUUAGAAAUUAUACAUGCUAUCCGUACCUAAUAAGUUUAGUGAUUUGAUUUAUUUAUUUAAGAUAAUUUCAGUUUGAAAUUUAAAAUAUUUUGAUGUAUUUGAAAACAUUUUUUGUAAGCUUAUGUUAUGGAAGUGUGACCCUUUUCUGAUUGCCCUUUGUGUCAUCAAGUAUAAAUUAAUUAAAGGGAUUGUGGGAUUCUUAGAAAUUCUAAUAUGAUUUACGUUUACCCUGUUCAUGAUAAUAGCAGCAUGUAAGCAGUGAUAUCUAAAAAGACCUCUUAAGAAAAAGUCUUAAGAUUUCUAGUAAUCAUGGGUUCUGUGCAAAUUUUCAACAACCUGUCAGAAAUCAGUACCAGUACCGUACCUCAAACUUUAUUAUCCUCAGUCUGAUACAGUGGCCAUUUGAGCAUGUGCCAUUCAGCCUAAGGCCAUGGUUAAUUAUAUGCAGAUCUUCUAGAGUUGUAUUUCUUGAGUUUCUCUAAUCUGGCAAUUUCGAAAGAUUGUUUAGAUAUACUGGCAUGUCUUGUACUUGUAGUGCUGGAAGGAGUGAAGUGGUCGAUUUGGUAUUCUGUCUGGUAUUAUGCUGCUGAAGUGUGAGUUUAGAUAGAUGUGACAUGCCCAAAGGCAAAGCUUAUGACCUUUUUAGCCGUUGAAGGGAAUUUAUGGAAGGGUUUUCUCCAGUUCAGUGUGCUCAUAGAUCUUUCAUCUAACUUACCCGCCGUUCUGUUUACGGACAUGAUUUGUUGUCUUAUGUUUGGUGAUGCAGAUGUGUUUGGCCCUUUGUUGGAUACCUUUAAUUCAUUUGAAGACCAAAUUAACAAGUAUUCAAAAGCUAAACGUUAACUUAUUUUUAUUAAUGGCUAAAUAAUUUAUUUAUUUUUAUAUUCCGUCCAACUUAAUAUUUGCUUGUGUAUUUUUAUAAAACUAAACAAUGUAUUGUUGUAUUUAUUUUGUACCCAGGAUUCCCCAGUGCUGAUAAUUGGCCAUCACAUUCUCCAUGGCAAAGUCUUAACUCUUGAAAAGCCUUUAGCAGUGUUAACUAAAUCUCUUGACCAUGCAAAACAUGUUGCCGAUGACAUGGCAGGGGAGGAUCCAGAAGUCUUGCCAGCAGCCGACUCUGAAGUAAAGGCCCUUUAUGAAGUUCAAGCCAUUAUCAGGAAAAAGAUUUUGUUUAAGACCAGACCUAAACCAAUCAUAGCACAUGUACCCAAAAAGUUGUGAUGCUUGUUUAAACUUGUGUUGUGUUCACUUUUCUCUGUUCACUGUAUUAGAUUGAAAUGGAGGAUUCUCAGCCAAUCAAGGAUUAAAAAAUUAAUGUGUCAUCUUGUUUUACUAGUGCACCAGAGGUUAUUUUAAAGACUCGUGAAGCACAUUUUAUGUAAUGAUAAAGACCAUAACAAAAUAAUAUAUAAAUAAAUCAUAUUCCAACUUUAGCAUAAAAUUUGUUGUUCAUAACUUUCUCUACGCAUGGAGUUGCGUCAGUACUGUAUCUUUUGUGGGACUAUUUAAAUAUAAACUUUCUUUACUGUGUAAUAAAUAGUGGGUGAACAUUUCCACACAAAAAAGAUUAUAAAGAUUUGCAUGUUUAUUUUUUAAGUAACAAU